AUGUCUGAAAAAUACCAAAAAAGAUGUCAACUUUUAUUAAAUCGUUUAAGUGAAAUACUACAAAAUGAUACAAAAGAAGUUAAAGAUUUAGAGGAAAAAAUUAAAAAAAUUACUGAAGAAUUGAAGGAAGAACAUUUAAUUCUCCAAAAAAAAGAAAAAACAGAAAGAAUUAUUAAACGUAAGAUAGAAGUUUUAAAAGAAAAAAAUGAAACUUUGUUAAAUAAAAUUACAUAA